CUCACUGUCCAAUGCUGAAUCCACCCUUUUUGCCUUUUUUGUCCUUUUCUACCCUCAAGGAUUUUUUUUAAUUAUAAACCACCACAGUGCACAAGGAAUCCUCGUCCUCAGACUGAGAGAACCGCUCACGAAAAGAACAAAAUGGCAAUAACAAGAGGUGUUUGUGAGGCAACGAUCAAACGAAACAGGGGCCCCAAAUUGAGACAAGGACCGGGUCUUGCCUCAUUCGUUGACUCAAAGGUCAAUUGUUAAGUCGAGGUGUGUACAGGGGUUCAAAAUCCAGUUCCAGCCAUCGGGCAGUUGGUACCUCUAGCUCAGCACUUGGGUUCAAAGCCCGGCUCCGACAGCAACUCCACAAAGAAAGCAUAACGGUGUCCGCAUUCACGCCUUGCAAUGCCUCUUUUCCCUUGCCGCGCAUAUAGGGAAACAAGGAAGCUCUACGCGCAGCGCCACCUUGUCUACCUUGCCGCACAUAUAGGGGAACCAAGAAGCUCUACGCGCAGCGCCACCUUGUCUCCCCCUCCUACAAAAAGCAUAACUGUGUCCCCAUUCGCGCCUUGCCGCACACCUCUUUUCCCUUGCCGCGCAUAUAGGGAAACCAGGAAGCUGUACGCACAGCACCACCUUGUCUCCCUCUCCUACAAAAAACAUUACUGUGUCCGCAUUCACGCCUUGCCACGCCUCUUUUCCCUUGCCUCCCCCUCCUUUUCCCGCACCGCGCACUACAAAGGAGACCCCAACACUAUGAAAGAAAACAAAUCGCACAACACUCCUGACCCUGCGAUAGAGGACACAGAUUUCACCUUUGCUUAUUGGAUGGCAUCCAUGCCUCUGACAUCACCAGGCAUGCUAAAAGCAAAACACCCAGACGAAAACCAAAGCAAAGCUGAACAGCGCGAGCACUGCGCAUCUGUCCUUGCUAGAAAGACGUGUUCGCAAACCGCAGCCAGGUCACCCACAAACUUCUUUUUUCAACCGCCGAUCACAAAACUGGAUGGCUGUCCUCUUCCGCGGGCUCCGCGCAUGUAAAGUACGCCUGCGGCUAAUUAAUUAAGAGAGCUCAGAAUCGUAAACAUUAUACUUUUUUCCUCUUGCUCAUUCGCUUCGAUGAUAAUCUCCCUGCAAUCUCAUUAGUCUUGUGUCGAGUUCAUGAACCCUGUGAACGAUCAUCCACCAGUCCUUUGAAUCGCGACAUUGAAGCAUCCCUGGCCUCCAUAGAUCAUCAGUGCACCAUAAAGGAGAGUGUAUCACACAGAUCAUCAUUUGCGCUCUGCUCCCCCCCCGCCCCCAAAACCCCCACCACCACCGCCACCUCCACCACACAUACACAGAGGCCACAAUGCUAUUUCCACAGUGAGUUUCCGCAUCACUCUUUCCCGACCGACCAACACACAUUCAGGUGACACAAAUGCCCCAAAAGGGACAUCGCAUUAACAGGAAGACACGUGCCUUGCUCUGCACGGCACUGGUACCUGACGGGUCUAGCGCUUGGCACUUCCGUGUGGAUCAGUGAAAAUGGAGCACAACAGGAGGGUGGUUUCCGUGCAAUAACGGACAACAUAACACCUGAGUAACAGCAGUCAAGCUGGCCCACUGAACAGCGGACUUCACAACGCCCUCCAUGCCACCCUGCUCGGUUUGCACAAAGCUGCCGUCAUUACGAAAUGUCUCUAUAUACCAUGGAAUGGACUCGGUGUAUAUUCAACUGUAUUUCAAUUUUCAAAUGGUCUUGGAUUAUUUCCUCUGGGACAUUGCCAUUCCCUUUCUGUAUAUGAAGGAAUGCUCCAGUGGAUUGCUACCAUCUCUCUCUCUCUCUCUCUCUCUCUCUCUCUCUCUCUCUCUCUCUCUCUCACACACACACACACACACACACACACACACACACACACACACAAACAAAGUGAACAAAUCGACAUGGCAGUGAUGGUUCCUAUUGUAUGUGGUCAAGUGAUACAAUCCAAUGUCUUUAUAUUAACGCCUCCAAUCCACUCACAUUACCAUCCUGCUCAGAUUUCCGUUCCUCAAUUGGAGAACGGCUGUCCAGAAUUAAGACCACUGUUCUGCUGCAGAAAUCUCACACGUCAACACCGGGAGGAACGGGACACUAUUUCCAAGCUGAGAAGGCCUCAUACAGCAGGAGGUGGGGGAGGUGAAAAAGGACAAGGACAGACGGACCAGACAGGGAAAAUAUGGAGGACGGUAGGAGGAACAAGUUAAAGAAAGGCGAGGAUGAACGGAGGAAUGUAAGCAGUAAAAGAAAACAACGUAUGAUGUGGAAAGAAAUGCACGGUGGCACUGAGUGAUGGAAGCCACAUGGGAGAAAAGAAAGGGGCAGAAGGGGAUGUGCAAGCAACUGUGUGUGUGUGUGUGUGUGUGUGUGUGUGUGUGUGUGUGUGUGAGAGAGAGAGAGAGAGAGAGAGAGAGAGAGAGAGAGAGAGAGAGAGAGAGAGAGAGAGAGAGAGAGAGAGAGAGAGAGAGAGAGAGAGAGAGAGAGAGAGAGAGAGAGAGAGGAGUCAGGAGUGAAAACAAGGGGGAGAGGAGUAAAGAAACGCGGAAGUGACUAGCAAAAUCAUCGAGACAAGGAUUCCGAGGGAAACGAGAUCAACAAACAGAGAAUGAAAGACGGGAACCAAAAGUAAUGGAAGGGAGGGGAGUAGAAGAGAAAAGUUAACACAAAGAAGAGAACAAAGAACAAGAAAAGAGGAGGGCGGUCAUAAGAAUCAUAACACUAUUUCCACAGAGGACACUCUAUACACGAUACGGGAUGUAAUGCACCAAGCCAGACACUUUUGGCCAAAGAAUCUUCACUUGCCAACUGUAAUCAAAUCCAAGCUUGCAA